GUACAGUCGAGACGCGCUAGCCACGCAGGUAGUGGUCAAGCGAUACAUCAAGAGUUUGUUGGACGUCUUUGAACAAUGCGAAGACCUUGAGAGCAUCGAAGAUUUGCAUUUACUUGUGCGCAUCUUCAUGGACUUGAUACUACUCAAUGUCCCGUGUGUGGUAGAUGAACUAACUGAGGAAGACAAUAUACUGAAGGUGAUUGGGGUGUUUGAGUACGAUCCCACUCAGAGCGAGGUCAGGAAACACCGAGAGUUUCUAACCACGCAGGCCAAGCUGGUGGAAGCUGUGCCGUUGCCACCGGCGAUGGUGGAUAAGGUCCACCUCAACUUCCGAUUGCAAUAUCUCAGGGACCAUGUGCUGAUGCGCCAAGCAGACGACACCGCAUAUACUACCAUCAACUCAUGUGUGUACUUCACAGAAAUGGAGAUCAUAAAUGUUUUGAGCGCUGACGAUCCGUUUCUAGACUCGUUAUUUGCACCGCUCAAUGGACCCAGCGUGACGCCCGAGGUAU